ACAAAAACAUUUUUUAAAAAAUUAGCUGGGCAUGGGAACAAUCCCAUUUCCUGAGGGAAUGGGAGGAUCUGUCUACUUUUCUUAUCCUGAUUCAAAUGGAAUGCCAGUGUGGCAACUCCUAGGAUUUGUCACGAAUGGGAAGCCAAGUGCCAUCUUCAAAAUUUCAGGUCUUAAAUCUGGAGAAGGAAGCCAACAUCCUUUUGGAGCCAUGAAUAUUGUCCGAACUCCAUCUGUUGCUCAGAUUGGAAUUUCAGUGGAAUUAUUGGACAGUAUGGCUCAGCAGACUCCCGUAGGUAAUGCUGCUGUAUCCUCAGUUGACUCAUUCACUCAGGCCCAGAUGACACCAAGCCCAUCUGAAAUGUUCAUUCCGGCAAAUGUGGUUCUGAAAUGGUAUGAAAACUUUCAGUGACGACUAGCACAGAACCAUCUCUUUUGGAAAACAUAAUUUGAAUAAAAUACUUUUU